AUGUCUUUUCUCAAAACUUUCAGAAUCAAGAGAUUUCUGGCCAAGAAACAAAAGCAGAAUUGUCCUGUUCCUCAAUGGAUUUGGAUGAAAACUGGUAAUGAAAUCAGUUACAACGCCAAGAGAAGGCACAGUAAGAGAACGAAGCUGGGUCUAUAA